AGAAGGAAAAUGGCACACAAAGUCUACUCAAAUUUUUUGUUUUAAUGGUAGUAUUUUUUAAAAAACGUGUAGCCUUCUUCGAAAUUCAGUUUCAUACUCGAAUUAGAAACUUCCCACUAUUCUUUAACAUUUUUCAUUUUUGACUUCUUCGAUCCAUAUAUUCCCUCCCACUCCUCUUUAAUCUCCGCAAAACAAACAUCAUCGGACCAUCAAUACAUACACAUAUAUAGAGAGAGAGAAAAUUUAUAGUACUAUAGAGAGAGAAACUUCCUCCUCACGAGUUGACUCGUAACAAUCUGAACUCACACGAGUUUAUCCAACGAGUCAAGUUCGUACGUAGCAGAGCAGUGAACGUACGGUACGACUCUAUUCUGCAACUCUUUCUCUCUCUAGAAUUCUACACCGUCCGCUAGAUUUGAAUUCCUUCGAUCGCGGUGAACAAGAAAGUUGAUCCUCUAGUACGACUCCAUACUGUACCUCUUUCUCUCUCUAGUCUCAAUCUUUUUCUCUCUAGAAUUCUGGACGAUCUGGUUGAUUGUAGUUGGUGAAGGAUGACAACUGACCGAACAAAUUCGGCCGAAUUUCAGACCGGAGGGGGCCGAGGAGUGACGGUUCUGUCGAUCGAAUGCUUGAAAGGGAGCUCGACGGCCGACGAAUGGACCGGCGACAUGUUGCAGACCGGCGACAUACUGGAGGAGCUGAAGAUCGGAAGCCACGAGUGCGUUCGGUCGCCGUUCAGGAACGGCAGGGUCGGAGUCCAGAAGACUCUGCACAACUCGUUCAAGAACAAGGAGACGUCGAUUCAGGUCCGAGUCCGACGCGGACUCGACGAGUUCGCCGAGUUGCAGGCGUGUAUUGUGCCCAACGAGUCCGGUGGGAAGAGACAGUAUAUGUUGCGUGCCAUUGAGGAUCCAAACUACGCCGUUGGAUUCAUGGAUCGGACGGAGGCUGAGUGCUUCGAAUUGCAAGCUUCAAGGACCUCCCGGAUGGUGAGUGCACUAACCAGGACCCAACUUCAAGAUGGAUACGUCUCGUAUCCAUGGCAGAGGAGGAUGCAGGAGAUGCUAUCAGUACCCAAUUCAAGCUGCUUUGUCUCUAUGCUUUUCCUUCCAAAAGCUUCUGAUAGAGUCGCUUCCCGCUACAAUGAUCUGGAAGACACUCUUGCAAGAGCAAAUGCAUGGCUGAACGCGUCUCAGGCAUCAGGAGUCCCUAUUGUUUUCAUGAACAUUCAGACAGAAUCCUUACUUACCAAGAUAUCUGGCGAGACGGCUUCUUCAACCGUAAAUGCUGGAUCAUUAUCGGAUUUAUCAAAUCUUGCAAACGCAAGCCUGUACGGUUUCGAGGACUACCAUGGGGUGGACAUUGGUGUAGUUAGAGCAGCUCGUCUCUGGUAUGCUCCUCUCGGAGGAGAGAUUGCAGUGGAGAUCAAAUUAAAAGAAGGCGAUGCAAAGCUUGGCUUUGCCAUUAGUCGCACAGAAGAGGGAUUCAUUUACAUUUCUUCAGUCAUUGAUGGUGAUGAUAACACGCCUUCUAUGCGUUCAGGACUCAGCAAUCUUUACAACCAAGCAACAACAGCAUCUAAACUCCUGGUGGUCUCCAGAGUAUCUAACCAGAAGGUUCUUCCUUGGAUAGUUUCUCCCACAGGAGCAAUCCGGUGCUUCGACACUGUCUCCCUAAGCCAGAAGCUCUCACUGCAUCGGCAUGCCAAGGUGCCUAUCCUCAUUCAUGUGUUUUUGUGGGAUCAAACAUUAGCUUCCCCAAGUGGGGGCAACACCAGGCACAGGACCGCCUCCAUUCCCGUGCUACCACUACCAUCAGAAAUCCAACAACCACGCCCUCCUCAUGAGAAUCAGAUACUACCCUUACCAUCUGAAUUUUUAAGUGAGAGCGGUGAUGAGAGAGAGCUCACACUUGCAAGAGAUACUGCAGGAGACGCUUCCUUUCGGUUCCACGAUUUUUCACUGCCAAACAAUUGGGUAUGAUUUGUCUUUCCCUUAAAUGAGGGAAAAUCGAUUAAAGAUGAUUUAGACAUCUGUGAAGAAGAUCUUUAAAUGUGUCACUAUGUCAGAUAGGAAGAGUGAUAUAGUUUAAGGUAAUAUUAAGGAAAGAGAACGACAAAAGUUAAAGUGGGUAGAAUGGAAAUAUAGAUUAUGUGGCUGAUUCCAAAUAGUCUGAAAAAAAAGGUUUGUUGUUGUUUUUGUUUCUCUUUAUUGUUGUAUAUAGAGAUGAGUAUACUUUCUUGUAGGAAUGGAGUCACUUGUUUAUCAUACCCUUGAUUUGUAAAAUAAGGCAUAGUUUUUCUUGCAUUUA